AAACACUCACAUCACCAUCUUUCUUUCUUCAUAAAUCAUAAUCCAAAUCAAUGGAACCUCAUAAUUACGCUCUUUUUCCCUGGGUUAUAAUAGAGCAUCACAAGUCACAACGCAUCCAAAAAGGUCCCAAUCCUCCUCUCUUUAAAGCCAAACACACCCACCCUAUAUAGACACCUACAUUUCUCUCACAAUCCAUACAUUUAUGGAUCAUCGAUAACUGUGCGUUAUUAGCUUUUUAGCUGUUCGAUUUGUGUACAAUUGCUUCUGCAACUCUACGAUUAACCCGUCUCUUACUUUCUACCUUAGCAUUGCUAUAAAACAUCAUGGAAAUGAGCGCUCUCUGUUACAUGCUUCUUUAUGUGUUCUUCACUACUUUUUCCCAAUUUGCUCUAUAUUAAUUCCUAUUUUGGAGUUUUACUCGUUGAAAACUAACUGGGUUUCUUUAAAUAUAUACGAAUUAGAGGUAAAUCCAAUCUGGGUUUUCCUGAUUUUCGUUCUCAAUUCACCUUUCAUUAUAUCAUCAUCAUCAUCCUCACAUGCCUCUGUCCCUUGUAACUUUCAAGUCGACAUCAAUUUGAGGUUUAAAAAUGGGUUCCUGAAAAAACACCCCCAAGUUCUUCACAUUCAACAUCUUUUCUGUGAGAGUAAAACAGAAAAAAGCGUGAUGGAUUUGAGAUUUAGAAACGAUGGGUUUCUUUUUGUUCUAAUGUUAACGAUGCUUGGUUUGAAUGGAAUGUGCAUUGAUGAAGAUGUUGUAGGAGCUCCAAUGGCGAAAACAGAGCAAGAAGCUCUGUACAUUGCUGUUCAAGGAUUUGUGGGAAAAUGGUGGAAUGGCUCAGAUCUUUAUCCUGAUCCUUGUGGUUGGACUCCAAUUCAGGGUGUUUCAUGUGAUGUUAUCGAUGGAUUAUGGUAUGUAACAGACCUAAGCAUUGGUCAAGUUCAUGAUAACUCCCUUCCAUGUGCUCAAAAUCCUGAAUUUAAACCCCAUUUGUUUCAACUUCAACACUUGAAAUCAAUCUCGUUCUUCAACUGUAUCAUCUCACCUCCUCAAGGCCCGAUUACGUUUCAGAAAGCUAAAUGGGAUGCGCUUUCAAACACCUUAGAAUUCAUGGAGUUCCGGGGGAAUCCUGGUUUGAGAGGCGAAAUCCCAACCACCUUCGGCAACCUCAAGAAACUCCAAUCACUUGUAUUGAUCGGAAACGGAUUAUCCGGCGAUUUACCGGAGAGCAUUGGUGAGUUGACUCAGUUGAAGAGGUUGGUUUUGUCUGGUAAUUCUCUUUCAGGGAAAAUCCCAGAUGGGUAUGGAAAUUUGAGUGAAUUAUUGAUCAUGGAUUUGAGCAGAAACUCAUUGUCUGGGAGUUUACCUUUGACUUUUGGUGGGUUGACUUCGAUCUUGAAGUUUGACUUUAGUAAGAACAAAUUAGAAGGCGAAAUCCCAUAUCAAAUCAGUAAUCUCAAGAACUUAACUCUUUUCGAUCUUAGCAACAACAACAUCUCCGGCGAACUGAAUUUCGCAAAUCAAGAAAUGAGUUCAUUACAGGAGUUGAUUUUAGCAAGCAACUCCAUAACCGGUGAUCUUAAGAACGUCAACUGGAAAAACCUUCAAGAGCUCAUGGUUUUGGAUCUGUCGGACAUGAAGCUAACCGGCGGGAUCCCGGAGUCGUUUUCAAACAUGAAAAACCUGAGAUUUCUCGGUUUAAACGACAAUAAUCUCUCGGGAAAUCUCUCACCGAAACUAGCGGAGUUAAAGAAUCUAACUGCACUUUACGUCAACGGAAACAACCUCGCCGGAGACCUGAAAUUCCCCGUAGAGUUCUACCGGAAAAUGGGUCGGCGAUUUGGGGCGUGGAAUAACUCAAAACUGUGUUUUCCGGUGGGUAGGAUGGCUGCCGGAGUUCGUCCGUUUGGUGUAAAGGUAUGCCAGUGACAGUGAUAAUUAUUAACUGAUUAACAAAACAAAUACUCGAUGACUCCAUGUAACACGUGUGUAAUGAAAAAACUAAAAGG